AUGUCACUCAAAGUCUAUCAGGCAGAGACUGGAAUACUACUUCCACUCCAACGUCUGGUACCAGGGGAUACUGUAGAUAUGCUUCGAGCAGAUAUAGAAGCCGUUACUUUUAUUCCUCAAAAGUUUCAAGUUCUUUUAGGCUCAAAUGCACAGAUAGUUAAACAAAGCAUGUUGACUACUUUGCUAUCUAGUCAAAAAGACGAGCGUAUUUUUAUUUUCAAUCGAUUGGCACUCAUGCAGCAAACAGGAAAUAAACCUGUUCACAUGUCGAUUGAUAUUGAACCGCCAGUUCCAUCAGAUACUGUUGUGGGAUUGAAGGUGAUAUCACCAUUAGCCCCAAAUCUAUCUUCAAAAGAGCGAGUAAUAGCUUUUAAACGUGCCUUUUCAGAGCAUAUUUCAUACGGACAGGCACUUCGAAAGAUUGCCAAUAAGCACGCCAAAACAUGUGAACGACUACUGGAAGAACAAUCUAUUCAAGUGGAAGGCCUGACAAUGGCACUUUGUAAUCUUUUUACACAUCGCAAGAGUGUUUUGGAUUCAUACGACAGUUUUAUUGCACCAGCUCAGAUUCAAAUAUCCUCUCACACAGAGUUAUUACACGGUAUUGCGUCAGAUCUGGAUACACUUACAAUGAUUCCUAUUCAUGAAGCUAUUGUAAGCGAAUCAAAAGUUUUGAAUGACUAUAUUCCAAGAGAUAAGCUUCUUCGUUGGAUCAAUGACUGUCGAGUUGCACAUGAUGAACUUGUAGACAAAGUACAAUCAAUUAGUGUAACCAUGAACGAUGUUCGAGCCGGUGCACGUAUUGAUCAACUAGAGCCUGAAGAUUUUGAUUUGAGUAAACUAGAUCCGCUAUUGGACAUUGUACGAAAGCUUGUGGGUCAAAUCGAAUCCCGGCAGAAUAUUUUGGAACGAGAUUUUACUAGAGUAGAAACUAUUUUGGCCGAUAUUUCUAAUGGCCCAGAUGAUCAAGCGGGCGAUAGGUUUGAGGCUCUUGAACAUCUUUACAAAAUCCAUUUUGAAGAAUAUAUACCCGAAAUCACUCGAUGUGAUAGACAAGUGCGAGAAACUGUGGUUCAAUUUUCCGACUCAAAGGCACAUCUUACUCAGGCGUUGAUGGAAAAACUGUUGGAGCUAGCUAAACAACAAUCGACAAUUUAUAUAAUUCCCCAAGCCCUGAUGGCUUUGGACAAGGAACUUCGAGUUCAAGCCGAGGCUUUUUUGCAACUGCUCCAUGUUCAUCGCAUGCCACCAGCAUGGGGUGCAGCUUUUAUUGAGAUAGUUCGUCGAAGGGAACAUUCCAAGGUGCUUGGUGAUAAAGUCAACCAAAUAAUGGGUAUACUCACUAGCUUCCAAAAUCAAGAAGAAGCUCGCCGAGAUACUUUUCGUACAGAGAUUGAGCGAUAUCUACCAAAGGGGCUUUUAAAAGGUUUAGAAUCAGCUACUCCGUCCAUCAAGUUGUCUAUUUCAGAAGACGAGAUACUUUUACCAAAUCUUACAAAAGACGAUGUUACCGCAUUUUCGCAAAUGGUGGCUUCUUUACGGGCUAUUCAAGAUCCCAGCACUGUUCAAACUUCUGGAUCACUCUCCAAACUGCAUGCAAUGAUGGUACAAAUGAGUCCUCAAGUCGAUUCACCUUUGCUAGAUUUUGAGGAGUUGAUUUCUAAUUCUACGUUUUGUGAUAGAAUAGUAAAGCUGGAAGCAGAAAAUGCUAAAUUAAGAAAAGAGGUCGUCGAGAUGCGAGCUCAAGCAGCACCAGUUUCACAAACUUCUACAGCUUUUCGGCAUCCAUCCAUGAACGAUGUUUUAUCAUCAUCGCAUAGCACAAAACAAGAAGAAAAAAUUAAAGCAUAUGAAGCGCGUAUCAAGAAUCUUGAGCAACUCCUUCAACAAAGUUAUUCCACCAGCGGAGCCGUUGAAAAGACGCAUGUGACUGAUAGACGGCUGAUGCAAGAAAUGGAAUCCACUAUUCAGACCAUGACUCUUGAAAAAGAAAGAAUUUUGAAAGAAAACCAGCAGUUUUGCGAUCAGCUGCAGCAGUCAACUCAGCGGAUUUCCGAACUGACUACCUUGUACCAAAAUGUACGCGAAUCACAUGACAAACUACGCAAUGAAAAGCAAACGACAGAUGUACAGUUGAGCAACACUCUUGUUGAGCUAAAAAAGCUGCAAGAUUUUUUGGUAGAAGUACGCGAGUAUAUGGAGGGCUGUUGUUUGUCUUUGCGUAGGGAUACUGGCUCUGAACAGAAAAGUGAUAUAGAAGAGCAGACUCCUGUUCAGUUAAAUCACAUACGGAGCAAACCAGCAUCGAUUGAUGAGUUGCGUCGAUGCAUGAGAGUUCUUAAAGAUGAUAUUUUAUGGCAUGCAGCAAUGAUGGAAAGCAUGAAGAACUCUAUGCAAGACAGUCAAGAUGGGAGUGACGUUACCCAGUCAGUUGCUGCUGAAAUGGUAACACUGAUUCAACGACUUGGAGAGACGGAAGAACGACUUCGGAUAGCAGAAAACGAUCUGACUGUAGCACAGGCACAUGAGGCAGUUUUAGAAGCAGAUUUAGAGUCACUAAAAGUGUUGUAUGAACGGGCAGAAGGACAUGUAGCAGCAGCCAAAGUGCAACGCAACGAACACCAGGCACAACAAGAAAAAAACGCCCUUGAGCUUAAAAGAUUGCAAGAUCUGCAAGAAAGUCAAAUUGAACAGCAUAGAACUUCGGAAGUCGUUCUACAAAAGCAAAUAGAGCAGAUUAAAAAAGAACUCGAGCAGACACAAGCUGAUUCAAUGGCUGACAUUGAAUCACAGAAACAAGCACACACCAAAGCGAUAGAGCAAAUGAGACUAGACAUGCAACAAGAUUUAUCUCAACGUGAGUUGUCGCGUUUGGCUUUUUCACAGGUGCAGCAGAUGCGUGAGCAGAUUGAGGACUGGAAUAUUGUGUGUCGGUUAAGUCUACAGCAUUUAACUGGAUGUUUGGAUGCAUUGGUGAGAUUGGUCCAACAUACUUUGAGUGAGGAUGUUGUCUAUGCACUUAUUCGUAACAACGGUUUGACUGGAAGUACUGAAAACUGUUGUUUGUCGAAAUUGAGUGAUACUUUUUCCAUAUCCGAUGCUGGUGCACAUUACGACGACACCAAGAGUUUAAUCGAAGGGUUUGGAAAUGAUGAUGAUGCUUUGGGUGGAAUGUCAAAGUUUAUCGAGCACUAUGAUUUGCUAUUAAGAGAACUGUAUUCCAAAGUUGUCUCUGCAGGUGCAUAUUUAGACGUAAGCGAUAGUGUUGAUCGGAUUGAGAAACGGUGGUCAGAUUUGACAGGUCAAGCAUCUUUUAGAGUAGCGUUUCAAAACUUUAAAAUCAACGACUUGGUAUUAUUUCUACCUACACGCAAUCCGGCUGCAUGGACUGCAUUUAAUGUCAAUACUCCACACUUUUUCUUGGAUAUUCAGCCAAACUCCGUUUUUGCAGAUCGAAUUCAACAACGUGGAUGGAUCUUGGCUUACAUUACUGGGAUUACUGACAAGACUGCCACUGAUAUCUCCUUGUCUCCAACCAAUCCAUUUGGUCUGGCUGAAGAAACUCGUUAUCAUAUUUGUCAAGCCACACCCUAUUAAAACCAGACUUUAAUGAGCCUAUAUCUACAAAUCUUUCAAGCAUACAUGACUAAAUAAACUCUUCUAAACCC